AUCUUUGAGGUUAAGUGCGUUUGGUGGAAAAGCAGCAUUCGCAGCUGAAUUCUCUCGGUUGUUCAUGUGUUUUACGCGUUUAUCGCAGAAAAUAAUAAAGGAAACGUAACAAAUUUGUGCAAUGGGACGUCCAGGUUUCACUCCCGGCGGCGGAAGGGGCGGUUUUAGAGGUGCUGGCGGUCGUGGUGGGGGCGGAUCAGGUGGCCGAGGUGGUUUUGGAGGCGGCCGCGGUAGAGGUGGUGGCGGCGGUGGCUUUACCCCAAGAGGAAGGGGUGGUGGUGGCCGUGGAGGACCAGGAGGUCGCGGCGGUGGUCGUGGUGGGGGUCGAGGGGGUUUCAAGGGUGGCAAGACAGUCAUAAUUGAGCCCCAUCGCCACGAAGGGGUGUUCAUUGCGCGUGGAAAGGAGGACGCUCUCGUCACGAGGAAUUUAGUACCCGGAUCUGAAGUUUAUGGCGAGAAGAGAAUAUCCGUUGAUGAUAAAACCGACAAGAUUGAGUACAGAGUGUGGAAUCCCUUCCGGUCCAAACUUGCAGCAGCAAUCCUUGGGGGUGUGGAUAAGAUACACAUGAUGCCCGGAUCGAAGGUACUCUAUCUCGGAGCAGCUUCAGGGACAACGGUAUCGCAUGUGUCGGACAUUGUGGGUCCCGAGGGGCUCGUCUAUGCCGUUGAGUUUUCCCACAGAAGUGGCAGGGAUCUCAUAAAUGUGGCCAAGAAGAGAACUAACAUAAUUCCCAUCAUUGAGGAUGCACGUCAUCCGCACAAAUACCGCAUGCUCAUUGGGAUGGUUGAUACGGUAUUUGCGGAUGUUGCCCAACCCGAUCAGGCACGAAUAGUUGCCCUCAAUUCGCAGCACUUCCUCAAGAAUGGCGGGCACUUUGUUAUCUCCAUCAAGGCGUCGUGCAUUGACUCCACAGCACAACCUGAAGCUGUCUUUGCGGCUGAAGUAAAGAAGCUGCAGGCGGAUAAGCUGAAGCCACAGGAACAGAUCACCCUGGAGCCAUAUGAGAGGGAUCACGCGGUGGUUGUUGGCGUCUUUAGGCCACCACCCAAAGCCUAAGCAUUGCAUAGUUUUAAAAAUAAAAAUGACCUUUUGUUCAAAA